AAAUCAAAGAGUGAGAACGCGAAGAAGUUUCAAGGAAACCAACACAAUGAACAUGAGAAAAUAAGGCAAAGAAAGGCCAUCUUUUCUCGGUCUUCUUUGCAAAAUAUAAGGUCAAGUGUGUCAUCACACCUGUCCUUUUCCUUACCAGGUAACUUGUUUCAUCACGACAUCUCUAUCUCUCUCUCUCCUGAUCGGUCAAUAUUUUUCUGGGUUUGGUAGUUUUACUAGUACAAAUUCACAUCUGUUGCUUUUUUGGUUUGUUUAUCUCUUCUUAGCUUGUGUUAUGUGUUUUCUUCUUUCUCUUUGAGCAUUUAGUCUGCUUACUUUCCCCGUUUUUGUUCAAUCCAUUUGGGUUCUUCUCUCUCUCUCUCUCCCUCUCUCUGCACAUAUAUAUACAUAUAUACCAUAUUCGUCUAUUUGUGUGGUAUUUUAUUGGGUAGGUGUAAUCAUAUUGUAUUGAUUUUCCACAUUUACUCCUUUUUAGCAACUGUGUUUCCUCUAAUUUUUUCCGUCUUUUGGUUAAAUUUCAUUGGGUUUCCUCUACAAUCAAUCCAUUCUAUUUCAUUUUUCCACCGGCUCUUCUUUUCUGACCUCUUUUAGAUAUUUUCUAAAGCCUUUUGGAGAUGUGUUGUGUAUAAAAUCAUACUCUUUUCCACAAAAUCUCUGAUUCUACACCAACUUGUUAGGCUUCAAUCAUGAAUUGCUUUUACAUAUUCAAGCGAAAGUCCAAGACCCAACAGUCUAAUUCGGCACCGGAACUAAGGAACCAAAGUACAUCUGAUAAUUCUGGAGCAAACAACCGGGGAACAAAGUCAGCAGGUUCACUAUCAUCACCAAGGAGCAUACCAGAAAUGUAUAGAGAGAAAGAGCACAAUUUGAGAGUGUUCUCUUUCUCAUACCUUAGAAAUGCAACUAAUAAUUUCGACAGGUUGCUAAAGAUUGGGGAAGGUGGUUUUGGGAGUGUGUAUAAGGGCACAAUCAGGUCUGAAGAUGGACAGGGUGACAAUACUGUGGUUGCCAUUAAAAAGCUCAACAGACAUGGAUUACAGGGUCAUAAACAAUGGGUUGCAGAAGUUCAAUUUCUUGGCGUUGUUGAUCACCCUAACCUUGUAAAACUUUUAGGAUACUGCGCUGUAGAUGGACCAAGGGGAAUCCAACGGCUGUUGGUGUACGAGUACAUGCACAAUAAGAGCUUAGAAGAUCAUCUUUUCGGCAGCAAUAUGCCGACCCUUCCUUGGACAACAAGAUUAAAUAUUAUCCUUGGAGCAGCUCAAGGAAUGGCUUACUUGCACGAGGGAUUGGAAGUCCAGGUGAUAUAUCGGGACUUUAAAUCUUCAAACGUGCUUUUGGACAAGGACUUCAAUCCGAAACUUUCGGACUUUGGGCUUGCAAGGGAAGGGCCAGCAGGAGACAGAACUCAUGUAUCUACAGCGCCUGUUGGAACAUAUGGGUAUGCUGCCCCAGAAUAUGUUGAAACUGGUCAUCUCACACUCAAGAGUGAUAUAUGGACUUUUGGGGUUGUGCUUUAUGAGAUUCUCACAGGCAGGCGAACGGUAGAAAGAAACCUCCCCUCUGUGGAGCAGAAACUCCUAGAUUGGGUGAAACAGUUCCCAGCUGAUGGUAGGAGAUUUAGCAUGAUAAUUGACCCACGACUCCGGAACCAAUACUCUCUAAGUGCUGCUCGGAAAAUUGCAAAGUUGGCAGAUAGAUGCCUGAACAAGAAUGCUAAAGCUCGGCCAACAAUGAGUCAGGUGGUGGAGAGCUUGAAGCAAGCAGUACAAGAUUCAGAGGAAGGAACUUCUUCGUAAAAGUCGAGCCCAGAGUCAUCCAUAACUGGUGUGGUUGCCUGAAAUUAAGCAUUUCGACCAAUGGGAGUUACUACACUACAAGAAGAAUGGAACCUUAGCUCUGGCAAGAGAUGAUUUUGAAUGAGGAAUCAGUAAAAGAGUUUGAUGAUUUCACUGGCUGACAGUUUCCUUCUGUUAUUUAUUCCACAGUCCCAAGAGCUUGAAUGCUGAAAAAUCUUCUGUUAUCUUUCAACUAUUGGGUUUGUAACUCUAAUCUUGCAAAUGGUGGAUUGAAGUGUUUUUUGUCUUGUAAAGUGAAUUACUCUUUGAAGCAUUUCUUGUCUUGCAAUGUGAAUUUUGGCCUUGAUCUCACUCUGACCCUUAACCUAUUGAAUUUCUCAUAUUGUCACUUCAUCUAUAAU